AUGGGAUUGUUAAUUAAUAAAAAUAAUUACAAGUUUAUUUUUAUUUUAUUAUCUUUUGUCUUUCCAAUAUUAAUAAAAAAUCAGUCAUUUAAUUUUUACUCAAAUCCAUCAAAAAGUUCAUCAUCCUCUUCCUAUGAAGAAAUUGAAUCUAGUGAGGAGGAAUUAAACAAUAAUAUAAGUUUUAACUUGUAUAAUGGUAAAUUUCAAAAUACUGUUACAUUUGAGGAUGAGGAACGUCUUGCAAUAGAUAUGUUUAAAGACUACAAUCGUUUAAUAAGACCAUCACCAUGUAAUAAUAUUUCUGUUGUUAUGGUUGAAUUUGGUAUGGCAAUGAUAUUAUUAAUUAAUAUUGAUGAAAAAAAUCAAAUUAUGCAAACAAAUGUAUGGUUAACAUUUAAUUGGAAUGAUUGUCAAUUUAAUUGGGAUCCUAAAAAUUAUGGUGGAAUAGAAAGUUUAAGGGUUGCUAAUGAUCGUGUAUGGCUUCCUGAAAUUGUAUUAUUUAAUAAUGCUGAUGGUAAUUAUGAAGUUAGUUAUCAUUCUAAUGUUGUUGUUGAUUAUAAAGGCAAUGUUCAAUGGGUACCACCAGCUAUAUAUAAAAGUAGUUGUACUAUUGAUGUUGAAUAUUUUCCUAUGGAUCAACAAAUAUGCCAUCUUAUAUUUGGUUCAUGGACAUAUAAAAAAGAUGAAGUUAAAUUAAGUUGGUAUAUGAAUAAAAGAAGUGUUGAGUUAAGUGACUAUAGUCCUAGUGGUAUAUGGGAUGUAAUAGAUGUUCCUGGACAAUUGACAGAUGAUAAAAGUAGAAUACAUUUUCAAAUAGUUAUUAGAAGAAAACCAUUAUUUUAUACUGUUAUUCUUAUAAUACCAACAGUCCUUAUGGCAUUCCUUUCAAUUAUGGUUUUUUAUCUUCCAGCAGAGUGUAAUGAAAAAAUAACACUUGGAACAUCAAUUCUUCUUGCUUUAGUUGUCUUUUUAUUACUUGUUUCAAAAAUAUUACCACCAACAUCUGAUACAAUACCGUUAAUGGCAAAAUAUUUAUUAUUGACAUUUGUCCUUAAUAUUUUAACCAUCAUGACAACUGUCAUAAUAAUUAAUAUAUAUUUCCGUUCUGAGACAACACAUCAAAUGCCAGAAUAUGUUAGAUAUAUCUUUUUGACAUUGUUACCACAAAUAUUAAUGAUGCAACGACCAGAAAGGAUUCCUGUUUUUAAUGGAUAUUUUGUGGAAGAGUAUAAUGCUGAUGAAAUUUUUGAUGCUAGUUUAUUAAUGCCAAGUUUACCUGCAACAAUGUUACCAUUUACCAAUUUAGGUAAAACUUUUUCACCCCUAGAAAGGAGAAAAAAACGUAUUAUUGAAAAUUCACCUGAAUCAUCAAGUUAUUUUAAAAAAAAAUCACUUAAUUCACCAAAUAUUGGAAGAAUUAAUUUUAAUAAUUUUAAAAAAUAUUCAAUAAAAAAAUUUGACAUAAAAAGUAAUGUUAGAAAAUUUAGUAAUAUUCAAAUAGGAAAUCCUUUUAUAGAUGGUAAUCAAAAUACAAAAGAAAAUGGAAUAUCAUUAAAGAAAAAGGUAUCAUUUUCAUUAGCUGAUAUAAAAAGUUUACAAAAUCAUGGUAGUAAAGAAUCGGUAAAAAAAAUUUCUAACAUCUGUAAUUCUUAUGAUUCUGAUGAUGAAAAUUUUAAUAAUAUUCCAAUAAAAAGUGAUAUUGUAGUUGAGAUGAAAGAAAAAGAACAACAUCCAUCAUCAGCUUACUCAACAAAUUACAUUAAUAUUCCAUCAAAAAUUUUGAAUGAUAAUAAUAAAAAAUAUCAUAAUAAUAAUAAUGAUAAUAAUAGAAAUAAAUGUAAACGUUCUGUAAGAGAGGAGAUAAAAGAAUUAUCAGGAAAUGUUAGAGAGACAAUUGAAGGUAUUGCAUUUAUAGCUGAACAUAUGAAAUCAGAAAUGGGAAGUAAAAAGAUAAAAGAUGAUUGGAAGUAUAUUGCUAUGGUUUUAGAUCGCCUUUUACUUCUUAUCUUUUUUGGUAUCACACUUGGUGGUACAUUUUCUAUAAUAUUUUCUGCUCCACAUAUUUUUGAAUUUGUUGAUCAAGAUGCUGUAAUUGAAAGAUUAAAACUAAUGACUAAUGAACGUGCUAAUAAUCUUUUGACAUAA